AUGUCAUCAGAUAGCCACCGAGAAGAGUAUCACAAACAUGCACAGGGUUACGGCGAGCAGCUGCGUGCUGAGAUGUUUGAAUCACCAACACAUACCUCAGCGCACAAGGCGAAGUCGUAUUUUUCCUUCCCACGAACUACACCUCAGAAAGACGGCAAUGUUGGAGCCUCAGCAUGGUGGUGGUGGGAGCUCGGAAGUGCACUGCUCUCGCUAGUCUGUAUAUCACUCGUCAUCGCCAUCCUGGUUUCGGCCGGGAACAAGCCGCUCGAGUCUUGGCCUCUCGCCAUCCAGCCCAACUCGCUGAUAUCCGUGCUCACUACGGUCGGGAAGUCUGCCAUGGUGGUGGUAAUCACGUCGUGCAUCAGUCAACUCAAGUGGCGCUAUUUUCAAACCCAAUCCCACCCUUUGAGCCACUUGCAAGCUUUUGAUGAGGCCAGCCGGGGUCCCUGGGGAUCUUUGAUCUUCCUCGGCGGUGUCAGGACUCGCUCUGCGCUGGUUGCAAGUGGUUUGGCAUUGGUUACGAUACUCGCCCUCGGUUUCGAACCGAGCUCGCAGCAGAUCCUCGAGUUCCCGUCCAGGAUUGCGAGGAUCGACAACGUGACGGCUCAUAUCGGCCAAGCGCUAUCCCACCAGUCGAGCGCAUAUGGCCUGCUUGACAAAAAUGCAACCAGCACAAAUCUCUUAAACGUCGCUUUCCACGAGGCCACUAUUCGGUACGAGGCGGCUCUCAUCAACGGAAUCGUAGGUGCUGUUUCUACGCCUAGUUUGAGCUGUCCCGAGCCAGCCAGCCAGUGCACUUGGGAUAGCUACUCGAGCUUAGGAUACUGCCACGAUUUUCGUAACCUGACAUCGACCAUGAGCAGGGAAUGUGACCAGAAUCGAAACUCUACCAUGUUGAACUACACGUGCAUUUACGAUUAUGACGGACGCAAUCCGGUAGACCCUAAAAUGAACAUGACUUGGAUAGUGUCUGUUGAACCGGAUGGCAAUGUUCGUAACAUACUCGAUUGGACAUUCUUCACAGCAUCGCCGGCAUACCAUUUGGAUCAGAUCGGAGGGGCCGAGCUCUCUUUGACCUCGGCGAGACAGACCCGCGCCGAGCCCGACAUAGUGGAGUUACUGUACUCACGCUGGUAUCUCUGCGAACAGACGUUCGAAAACGUCACAGCGAGCUCCGGAGUCAUCACCACCGGAAAGGUUAAGAACGAGCCCCUCAAUCCCGUCGGGAACCGAACGACGGACUCAGAGCACGAGGGUGAAGACAACUACACCGUGUUGAUCUAUCGCUCCAACGCUACCGGCCGUGAAUAUACAAUUGGCAAACAGGCCCUAGGUCAGACCUUUGGGUACGUUAGCGGCAUCUUCGACGUAGACUUUUCGGUUCAUCCCGGGAGGAGCGAUCCAAACUCGGCCCAGGUCACCGGCGUGACGCUCGGAAAUAAUAACCUAAUCCAGAUGGGAUACUUUCUAAAUAGCACCGACCUGCGCAACGUGACGAAGAACCUAGCUACUACCUUGAGCGCACAAAUGCAGAGCAACAACCCCGGAGAUAACACGAACUUGACGCUGGUUGCGGGAUCCGCUUUCAGGCCCGAGACGUAUAUCUACGUGCGCUACGAAUGGCUAGUCCUGCCGCUACUCGAGACGAUUGCCACCAUAGCAUUACUGAUAACUACCAUGGUGAAGACGAGGCGCUCGCCGCUGGUCAAAACGAGUAUCGUCGCGGCCAUGAUGUACGGGCUUUAUGGCUGGCGGCCCGAAGACAUCCGAGCGGGAGUGACAGACAACGGGGAGAUGCUGGAACGGCGGGCGCAAGGCAUGCCCAUGUAUAUUGACGCGAACUCGCACGGGCAGAUGCGCUUCGUGAGGUCGGGCUGAGAUCAUGCAGUUUCUUAGUCAACAGCAAACUUGAAUCAAAGAUGCAAUAAUAUUUGUCGCAGCCAAACGUGUAUUUUCCGUCCCGGUGUACGCAUGACAUGGUUAUACCAUCUGACGCUCGUGGACUGUGACUACAGGUAUCCUUUGACUUGUUGCUCGCUCCACUCCCAGAACUCCUGCGCGUUUCCAUUCCCUCCCUGCUCCGCUGAAAUGGUUGCCUUGGUCAGGUCCGGGCGAAUCGGCGCGACCCGUCCAAAUGGGAUGACUAGAGCCGACCAGUUAGCAUCCAGGGCUCUGCAGGAUCAGAAAACACACGGGAGGGACUUGCUCCAAUUCUUGCUCCAGUCGUGCUUGUCGUUGGUGACAUCGGGGGAGAAACCUGCAUACAGCUGGGUAUAGACGCCGUUUAU